UCCACCACGAUCCACCGAUCACGAUCCACACCAUACCGAAGCGCGUGAACUCGACAUGACCGAAUUCUCAGACUCAUAACACAACAUUUCACCAUGGACGCCCUCAUCGCCGCCCACGAGCAGCAGGAGAAGAAGGGCAACCUCUCCGCCGCCAUCACAGACGUCCAGAAGCUCAUCGACCUCCUCCAAAAUGCCCGCGAUGCCGUUGCCGACAAUCCCGACAUGGCGCCUCUGCACCUGGCCAAGCUUCAAAAACCCGUGAAACAGUCCUUCACGAACCUGGAGGACGAUCUGAAAGAAGUCAACAAGGGCCUGAACGCCUAUCGGAAGGCGCUGGACAACAAGUUCAAGAACGCUGUUCUACCCACAGCUUCGAACGAUGCGCUCGCCAGCCAGCCGCAGCUCAUCAAUCGAGCUAUUGCUAUGCAUUUAUUGAGGGAAGGGAAAUUCGACGUUGCUAAGACCUUCGUCCGAGAGGUGCAAGAGAACCCUGUGAGAUCAGGCGUAGUAGAUGGAGACACACAAAUGGAAGGCACAGCAGAAGGCACAGCAGAAGGCACAGACGAAGAAAUGCCAGACUCACAACAACAACUCCCACCCGAAGACGGCAUCGAACAACUCGUCGGCACCUGGGCCGCUCAAAACUCCUCCGCCCUCGAACACCGCGGCUCCAACCUCGAAUUCGAGCUCUCCCGCCUCAAAUUCGUCGAACUCUACACUUCUCCCCAAACCACCUCUCCAGAUGACCCAUUCUCCGGCCCCCUCCGCGCCCUCGAAUACGCCCGCACCACCUUUCCCGCCUUUUCCACCCGCUACCGCCACGAAACAUCCCUCCUCCUCGGCUCCCUCGCCUUCUCCCCCUCUCUCCAAACCUCACCCUACACGACCUUCUUCCAGACCCCAUCCCUCUACACCUCCGCCUCGGAAUCCUUCACCCGGGAAUUCUGCGGUCUUCUCGGCCUCUCCUCCCUCUCACCACUCUACACAGCCGUCACAGCCGGUGGAAUCGCCCUCCCCAUCCUCACCAAAGUCGAACGCGUGCUAGAAGCCAGUCGAGGACAAUGGACGAGCGUCAACGAAUUACCCGUGGAAACCCCCUUGCCGGAUGGAUUUGCGUUCCAUCAGAUUUUCGUGUGUCCCGUGAGUAAAGAGCAAGGCACGGAUGCGAAUCCGCCGAUGAUGUUGCCAUGUGGACAUGUCAUUGCGAGGGAGAGUUUGGAGGCGCAUAGUAAGGGCAAAGCGAGGAUGAAGUGUCCGUAUUGUCCGCAGGAGUGUCAUCCGAGGGAGGCGAAGAGGGUGUAUAUUUGA